CAGACAUCAAACAGACAGCAGACAGCAGCAGAAACAGAAACAGAUCUGCUGUGAACCCUCCGCCUGUCAUCGGCUCUGUUGGAGCAGAACAUGUGGAGCAUCAUGAACUCGGUUUUAUCUGAUGUGAGCUGGGACGAGCGCUUUGCUUUACCUGAAGCUAACGCUGAGAACAAGGCUGUGCUGGAGGAGAUUCGUAAAAAAGAGGCAAAGCUGGUGCAAGUGGAAAACAAACUCGAGAGCAACAAGGAUCAAAAGCAGUUAAUGACUGAGUUCCUCAAAAAUGCUAAACAAGAGCUGGAGAACACUGAGGCUUUAUGUAAGGCCAAGGAAAGAGAAGAAGAGUUGGAGAAACACCUCAAAGCCCUGGCAGAGAGGGAGACAGGUCGUCUGGUGCAGGAAACGACAAAGACUGACAAUGAGCUUCGAUCUUUAGCAGAGAGGAGAAACAUGCUGGAGAAUCACAUCUUCAAGACCAACCAGAAGCUGGAGGAGUUUAGGAACCAGAUGAACUGGGACCAGCAGACCAUGGAGGCCUUUUUGGAGGAGUCAGCAUGCCAAGAUGAGGACGCAAUGGCCAUCAUCAAGUACGCCCAGCAAGAUGAGCAGAAGAUCAAGUCACUCUCUCUGGCUAUAGAGAAGAAGACACUGGAAGCCAGUGAAAAGCGAAAAGCAGUUGACAAGGAGUUGACUGAGACUAUAUCUGCACAGCUGGCUUUGGAUAAGAUGACAGAUCAUUUGCAGCAGACUCACCUGGAGACACAGCAGCUCAUCCGCCAGUGGGAGAACACCGUCAAGCAGAUGAAUCAGCGUGAUGCUGAGAUGCAGCAGUGUGCUCUUCAACUUGCCAAAGCUAGCCAGAACAUCAGGGAAAGGAAUGCCACCAUUACAGAGAGGAAGCACUUGCUGGAUACUCAGAGGAACAACAACACAGAAACUGAGAGGAAGAUAUCUGCAGCCCAGCGACAGACUGUAAAGCUGCGGCAGGAUUUGAAGGAGCAGGAGAAUAACUGCAGUGUGCUGCAGGAUGAGCUGGAUAGUCGCAAGGGCACACUUGAUAAAGCAACUUCCAGUGUGAAGUCUGUGACGUCCAACAUAUCCAGAAUGAAAAAAGAUAUCCAGGAUAAUGACGAGAAGCUCAAGGAGGCCAGGGCGUACAAUGCUGCGCUGGAGGAGAAGCUGAAACAAGUAACUCAGACUGCUCUGAGUGAGGAGGAGAGAGCUGCUCAGAUGGAUCGGUUUCUCACGGAUGAGGAGGAGGCAAUCAAGGAGCUGGAUGUGCAGCUGCGUGACUGCAGAGAGGAGCUGUUCCGUCGUAAAGAGCAUUUGCAAGGUCUAAAGACAAAAGGGAAGGAUUCUGUCGCCAAUGUUUCCAGAAGCAAAUCCACCAUCACCGGCCUGGACAGCCAGCUGAGAAAACAGGAGAAAUACUUAAUAAGGCAACAGAUGCUCAUUAAUGAGCAGGACUCCAGGGUCAUCACCAUGGAAAGAAAACUGGCGCGGCUGCAAGGAGAUAUUCAGCAAGAUGAAAAACAAGCGCUAGAAAUGCACAUCACUGAGUUGACCAAAGCCCUGGAAGAGAAGAAGAAGUCAGCCAGCACAUUAACCAACAUUCUCAAGGAGUCCGAGGAUGAUAUCCGCUUAUUGAAGAAAGAAAUGGGAAAGUCAGAGGCUCAGAAGAGAGAUGUGACGGAGAAGGUAGAGGAGCUCCUGCUUCUCCGUAAUACAAAUGAGAAGGAGCUGAAAAGAGUCCGUCUCACGAAACAGGACGACUUGGUGGAGCAUAACAUCUUGAAGGUAGAGGUCAAGCGCAUUCGAGAUCUGCUGUACAGCAAGACGGACACUGUGCUGUCUUUGGAGAAGAGGAAGCUGGGGCUACAGAGAGCCUUAAAGGAGAGGUCGGGUGAGAUCAAGGUCUACAGAGAGAUGCUCGGCCAGAAGCUCAAGAUAAGUGAGCAGGAGAGACAGAAACUGAGUGCUGAGUUGAAUGAGAAACUGUCCGCGAUCGUCAUGAUAAAAAAACGUUUUGAAGUUGUGACACUUUCGAAGGCAGCUCCUGAGGGGGAAGAGGAGAAGUCGCAGGCCUAUUAUAUCACAAAGGCUGCACAAGAGAGAGAGGAGCUCAAGCGAAAGGGAGAUGCUCUAGAUGCUAAAAUACGCAAAAUGGAGUUCGAGAACAGCGCUCUGGAAAACACCAUCCAGAUGUUCAACAACAGUAAUUCAAUGUUUCGCAAAUCUCUCACCAAAGUAAAUGAAUCAAGUCCAGAAUAUCAAGAAAAACUGAAGUUAGAGGAGCAGUUAAAGGCAGCUGAAGAUACGUUAAAGUUCAAGAAGAGACACGUCGAGGAGCUUCAACAGGACUUACUGGACAUGAACAAUACCUUUGAGUGUCUGCUGCAAGAGGAGCAGGUUGAGAAAGAUAAGAUGACGAACAAACAAUCACUCAUCAGCAAACUGAACAAAGAAAUCACUUCCCAGCAAGAGAAGAUUGACAGGGCAAUCAAACAGUGCUCCAAGAUGACCAAAGAGAUCCGUGCAGCGAACAACACCAAGUCUGAGACUUUUGAAGAAAAAGAAAUUAAACUGAGGGAACUAGCAGAAUUCAACAAGAGCAUCGGUAAUAUGCUAAAUGAGGCUGUGGAGGACAAGCCUGAUCUCAGACCAGUGCUGGAGAAAUACUUCCUGCAGGCCAAUCUGUCUUUUCCAGCUCCUUCCUCCACGCCCACCAGCCAUCGCAGCUCCAAGACAAACUCCGCCCGCAGCUCUGCCUCCCUCAGGUCUCCUGCAUCUUCCACCAGCAGCAGCCCCAGGGCCUCUGCACUUCAUUCUCCCUUGUUGAAGACUGUGGAACUGGGCUUAGACACAACUGUGAUCUCCCCUCCUCCCACCACCUCCAGGCGUUCCAGCUCUUCAAGUAGCAGCACCAGCAGCAGCAGGAAGUUGAAGAACUCCUAGUUGUGCAGAAUAACUGUGUCACAUCACUCAAUGGAAACAGAUUGUGUAAUGUUUUGCCGUUUUUAGUUGUAGCAGUAAUGAGAAAAUUAAAUGGGUGGCCCUUUAAAAGGAAAAGAAGAAGGUGCAAGGGAAAUGAUUUAUUGAUAUUUUGGUGAAUGUGACUCUUUGUUUAAUAAUCAUACUUCUUUGAUUGGGUAGUUAUUUGGAUUUGCAUAAUUAUCUGAAAAUUACUUGAUUAACUGAAUUGAUUGUUUGUGAUUCCCUUUCUUCUGAUGCCUUCUGUAGCCAAGCUAUCUGGGAUAGCUCUCUGACUGUGAUAUAUUUUAAUUAUUGACAGGUUAAGAAGCUCUUUCCGGCCCCCUACUCUCUUUUUAUGCCAUUUUAGAAAACCGACUCUGUAUAGUGUUGAAAGGUUUGUUUUUGAUGUGUUCGAAGCUUAUUAUCCAUAAAUCAAGCUGUUUUCAGACAUGACCUGUGGGUAAAUUCUGGAGAAUUUGCUACAGAGUUUCUCGCAGUUUACUUUUUACACGUACACAACGCAGCAGGAGAUUCACAGUUUACAUUAACAACAAAACACAAUUUUAUGACAUCCCCUCGCUUGCAUGUUUAACAAAACUACCCAAAGAAAGUUUUUUUCCUCUCUGCU